CACUCUGUGACCUAAAGUAGGUUGAAUCUUAAUUUGGGGGCACAGAUGGCAAGCAUAGACAUACUAGCAAACAGGUUUCACUCAUAUGACAAAAUGUACAUUCAGGACUUAAGGGAGCAGAGCUUUGGAGACUGGCCUUUUAGAGAGGAAUGUAACUGCACACCUGAAAAGAUGGCCAUGGCUGGGUUUGUGCACUGCCCAAGUGAAAACGAGCCUGAUGUUGCAUGCUGUUUCUUCUGUUUGCUCGAGCUGGAGGGCUGGGAGCCGGAUGAUGAUCCCUGGUCUGAACAUGUAAAGCGCUCCCCUAACUGUGGCUUCCUGACCAUGAGGAAAGACGUCACCGAGCUGACUGUAGCUGAAUUCUUCCGCAAGGAAAAGGACAGACUGACGGUCUACCUGAGAAAGGUUUGUCAUAAGAAGAUGGCAUUUUUGCGGGAUGAAAUAGACCAGACACUUGAGAGCCUUAAAUCUCAGUUGGAGUCUAUAUGAGUGGAAUCAAAUUUCCUGUCUGUUUUACAUUAUCUUAUUGUUUCAUGUGAUGGCAAUUUUAAAAAAUUCAAUAAAGUUAAGAGGGCUUCA